CACCUCGUGGCCGCGCGCGUCGGUGAGGACGGCGCGGACGCCUGGGCGCCCCUCCGCGUCGCCGGCGGCGUCCCGAUCCACCCGGGGUUCGUGCGCGCCACGCGGAGCAAGUCGGAGCUGCAUGUGACGCCGGACUCGGUCUUCUUCACGCUGGACAUGCUGGACAAGUUCAUGGCCAUGGCGCUGCCGGAGGGCACUACCAAGGACCACCCAUACGCGUGCCCGAUGGGCCCAAACGCAUCGCCGCUCGAGUCCGUUCCCCUGCGACCGAUGCUCGUCGCCGUCGGGGAGAAGGACCUCAUCCACGACACCAACCUCGAGUACUGCGACGCGCUGCGUGCCGCCGGCAAGGAAGGGGAGGUGCUCAUCAACCGCAGCAUGACCCAUUCCUUCUACCUCAACAAGUUCGCCGUCGACAUGGACCCCACCACCGGGGAGCGAGCCCAAGAGCCACGCUCUGGGUCACCAACAUCUCAGGUGGUCGCACGCAAGAAGGGCAGCACAACAUUCUCGAUUGACAGGCGGACGGAGGGAGAACGCCCGUUCACUGCAUCUGUUGAAACUUGGAUUGAAAAAGAGACAAAUAAUGAGGCAAUCGAAAGACUGCUCUUCUUUACCUUCGUUUUCGUGGCUAAAUCCCAGCUACAGGACCGCGUGAAGCUCCGCCACCAAGUUGGCUCCUGUGUUCCAGGAGAAAUUGAACUACAGGUUGUUGGUGGUGUUGCUUGA